ACCAAUGACUUACCGAGUAAACAAACCGAUCCUGCCCUGAGUUCCCGGAAUGGCAGGAUUUCGCCUCAUUUGUCGGGCAAAAUCCCAGCAGUAUGGCUUUGUCAGGCAUAUUGCACGACAGUUUUCGAGUGUGAGUUCAUGCCUUGAGUACCACCAAUAUGGAGAUCCUCUGCAAGUGGUGAAGAAGAGUGAAAAAACUAUCCCUGAACUGAAGGAAAAUGAGGUCCUGGUGAAAAUGCUAGCUGCCACUGUGAAUCCCGCAGAUAUCAAUACCAUCCAGGGGGUUUAUGCUGUGAAGCCCCCACUGCCAAGCAUACCUGGCAAUGAAGGUGUAGGAAGAAUUGUUAAGGUUGGCAAUAGUGUAGCGGGUGACUUUAAGCCAGGAGACCAUGUCAUACCCAGGAUUAAUGCUUGGGGCACAUGGAGGGAUUAUGCUGUGGCAUCACACAAGGAGCUUAUAAAGAUUCCAUCUGAUGUAGAUGUAGCAACAGCUGCUACAAUAGCAGUCAAUCCAUGCACUGCCUAUCGUAUGUUAAAGGACUUUGUUCCUCUAAAGGAAGGUGAUACAAUCAUCCAGAAUGGCAGCAACUCAGCAGUAGGCCAGGCAGUCAUACAGAUAGCAGCUGCAUUUGGCUGGCGGACAGUGAAUGUUGUCCGUGAUCGCCCAACCAUUGAUGAAUUGAAGGAAAAGUUGACUAAACUUGGAGCAACUGUUGUGGUAACAGAGGAAGAAUUGAGAAAAAGUGAGGCAGUCCAAGCUCUCCCUAAACCUAGUUUAGCUCUAAACUGUGUCAGUGGUCGCAGUGGGACAGAGAUCUUGCGGCAGUUGUCACCCCAAGGUGUUAUGGUCACUUAUGGUGGAAUGUCAAGAAAACCUGUCACUGUUCCCGUUGGUUCCCUGAUCUUCUCAGAUGUGACUCUUAAGGGAUUUUGGAUGACCCGCUGGAAUAAGGACCAUUUUAGUCACCCAGAACGAGAGCAAAUGUUAGAGGAACUUUUUGACUUAGUGAAGCAGGGUAAGUUGUGUCCACCAGAUCAUGCAAUGGUCCCCUUUCAGGAUUAUAAAACUGCUUUAAAAGAUGCUAUGCCAAGUGAUGGUAUGGUUGGUAAAAAACAAAUACUGGUCUUUCCCUAGAUAAGAACAAUUGAUUUUGCUGUUCAAGAGAGUAAAAGAAAUAUUGACUGUUCUAAACCUGUAUACUGACUGGGUGUUCUAUUUGAAUAUAUGCUAUGUAUGGUUGAAUACAUUAAGUGGGGGUUAGCUGCUAAUAUCCUCAUGAUGUAUAUAAAGUUCUGGAAGCAAUAUAUUUAUUUUAUGAC